AUUGGAUAUUGUAUAUUACAAGAGCGCAGUUUAGACAGUGCGCUACAGAUUGUAUGGCGUUGUCGUCAGAUAGCUACAUUAAAAAGGAUGCGCUGUCAUCUCUUGAGGACUUGUGUGUCAGAUGUGUGUGUAAGAAUCUGAAUGUUUUGACCUAUUUGAGUAAUGAAAAUUGUGAAGUUAAACGGAAAUGGAAGUUCCCUUAUCCUGGUUUUCGUCUUGUUGCCCGACCAUCUCAAAAGAUUUUACUACAACUUUGCAAGCGCAACGCCUUAGAUGAUGAUAGAAUGGGCCUUUUUACAGCGGAUUGUGUUGAUUUAAUGUCGCCAGUAAUCAAAGAAGCAAAUGUUGGUCCUUCUUCAUUGAAAGUUCUUAAAGAUUUUCAUCUUUACAGCCUCUCUGCGAUGAAUUUAACGAAAGUAAAUUUGAAUACUAUCAUCAGUUGUCUCGGUGAAUGGACUGUUCAAAAUUUGAUGUGUCUAAAUAUAUCGGGGACCUCCAUCUUAUGUGAAACUCACUUGCCAAUCUUGGUCGCACUGGGAAGAUUCAAGAAUUUAAGUGUCCUUAAUGCAAGUAGGACAGAACUGAGUUCACAAUGCCUGCAAAUAAUUGCCGAUGAUUUAUUAAGUCUUCGUUACCUAAACAUUUCUAGAACACGUGUGACAGAUAUUACUCCUCUUCUAAAUAUUCGUGAGCGGCUGAAUGGGCUCAUAAUGCAUCGUCUGCAGCUAGAAAGGACAGAGGAUAUCGAGAAGUUACUGUGUAAUGUAGUGGAACUUCACCAACUUCGUAUACUUGAUGUGUCUGACAAACCACGUACUAAUACCGGGAGAUUUAAUGCUGUUGAUAAACUUUGUUCCUCUGAAGCUCUGCCGUUCCUGGAACACAUAGACUUGUCAGGAAAUCAGUUUGGGUUAAAACUCAGUGAUGCAAGGACUUUGCUUGAGAACCAUCCGAGACUUACAUUUGCUGGGUUUGCUUCCUGGCUUUCUAGUCAUGAACAUGAGUUGGAGGGAAUUUACAGACUAUCUCAUCAGUAUCCUCAUAUUACAAUGCUGGGAGACAGAGGCGAUGAAUUACUAUUGAAUACUUUGACGCGUAAUAAAGAUAGAGCCUUUUACCUCCAACAUGCGCUUCACAGUAUCUUCGAGGCUACUAGCAACCGUGAGUGUGUUAAACCAGAUCUUCUACAGGCUGUUUUACGUGUGAUGAGGUUACACUUGAGAAGAAUGGAAAUGAUAUUGGCUGGGACGGCUGUGAUAUACAACUUGACACGAAGUGAGCAAAGCAACCAACUUCCCUUAGAUCUGUUGAAUCGCGCCGUCCGUAUGACUUUAACUGCUAUGGAAAAGUUUCCAGAUAAUAGACAGUUACAGAAGAACUGCUUUUUGACGUUGUGCAGUGAUACUGUACUUUAUCGUGCCACUUUCAAUUGUAUCCAGUGUUGUGAAUUGGUUUUCAACAACCUGCUUGCGUUUGAUGACAUUCAUAUGAAACGUAUGGGUGUGGCAAUAAUUUCAAUACUGGCUGCUGAGAUCUCCACGUCUGGAUUAUCCGAUUUAGCUAGAGAUCCAAGGAGAAUUGAAUGUCUUCUGAGCUAUGUUGCUGAUAAAUGCCUCUUGGUAUCAGAUGUACCGGAUCUUGGUUCGUGUUUACGUAGUUAUAUGCCACAGUUGCGUCUGCGCACUGAAGGACCGCCGAUUUUUGACACCACCUUGAGGUUUACUUUAUCUGCCCUAUGGAAUCUAACUGAUGAAUGCCCUGAAGCUUGUUUAAGAUUUGUCCGCCAGGGUGGUUUAAUUAUUUAUGAAAAAGUUUUAAAGCGAUUCGCUGAUCAAAAUGAAGAGACUAAGAACCAUGUCUAUACAAAGUGUCUUGGCCUGCUUAACAAUGUUGCGGAAGUUGAACAGACGCGUGAAACCUUAUUGAAAGAAAGUUUAAUGAACUUCUUUUUUAAAAUGCUCAGACAUCCAUGUAUUCAAAUUAGUUAUUUUGCUGCCGGUAUUAUUGCUCAUCUGUCUUGUUUGAAAGACGACACUUGGAUGCGCAAUAUUCAGUCUAGUAAAGAAAGUUAUGUUAAAUUAUUGGGUCAAGCUGUUUGUAACUGGCAGCCACCACAAUCUGAAAUGGUAGCAUAUCGUUCUUUCGAGCCUUUUGGUUUGUUAGUUUUGCACCCGGAAAGUCGUUUAGAGAUACAUCUGUGGGCUGUUUGGGCUAUACAUCAUAUUUUAACGCGGAAAGGUAGAGUUAUUUAUUCAUUUAUUAAUUAUAACCGUAAACACAAUGUGAUAUUCUAGUUGAAGUGAUUAGUAUACCUUGACAAAUUGAAUUAGUUGAUGCAGGCCCAUUUACUGACCUAAUACUAUUCCUUAAAACGAGUUUAUUUAUUUUACUGUAUGAUUGCAUUACUGCUUGAAGUUAAAUGACACAAAUACUGAAAAUUCUGUUUAACGCCUAUGUUAAGCAAUCAGAUCAGUAUUUAAAUGUGAUUGAGCUAAUCCAUGAGAACUGGAAGUUAAUCUUUACUGUUAUUAAAUUUACAUAGUAGAAUAAUUUUGUUUGGUUAAACAGCCGAUGUUACAGUAUUAUCUAUUCACUGAUGACGCUUCAAGCACAAAUUGUUACACUUAGUGCUAUCAAUGUAACAUUGUAUCACUAUGCGUUUUGUCGAAUAAAAUUAUUCACUUGUACACAUAUAAUCUACUACAGUGCCCAAUUUACUUGGAAUGUCGGAAAGUUUCCGAGGAAUAAUGAUAAAGUACUCCAAUGGGAAGUCAGUGCUACUAUACGGAUCAGAGACUUGCACUGCGCGUCAUAAAGACCAUCUCAAACAAACUACAGACCUUCAUUAACAGUUGUCUUUGCUCAGUACUCAAGAUCAGAUGACCGGCCAGAAAACAUCAGCAACAGGGUAAGAUCUCUGGGAGCGAACCAACCAGGAACCGAUUGUGAAACAAAUAGGCAGGAGGAAAUGGAGAUGGAUUGCACUUACUCUUAGGAAACCAUCAAGUGACAUCACUAGACAAGCCCUUGAGUGGAACCCGAAAGGGAAGUGGCGAGUUGGUCGUCAGUGCAAGGGUGACUUGGAGGAGGUCAUGUAAAGAGGAGAUGAAAACAUGUGGGCAAACUUGGAGCCAGGUGAAGACUCUAGCAGAGAACCGAACGCAAUGGAGACGCACGGCUGUAGCCCUAUGUUCCUGUAGGAAUUAAAGGGUACAAUAAUAAUAAUAAAAUAAUAAUACAGUAGGAAGAAACUCACUGCAGAAUUGUCAGACACCAGUAACUCUUAGGUGAAAUUCAGAUACCUUUCGGUUUCCGAAAUAAACUGAAUAUGGACGUUAGAAAAACUGUUGUUGAUUAGACGAAUGUCAGUAGACUCCAGUUCAUAUCUUCUUUGAUCAUUACCUGUGAGAAGUAAAUAUUUCAAUGGUGGUUUAUAUGUUCACAGUCCCUUUCAGGUAUGCUGGGAUGAUGAGUGGCAUCAUACAUCAUCAUGUUAAUGUAUGAAAUUCAAUAACUGCAUUAAGUUUUGCUGCGAAUGUCUUGCCCGAACAGAUUUUUCAUGUACAAGGGUAAGAGCCACACUUUUCUUGUGUGGUUUGAUGUUACUGUGGUGAGAGCUGUCUUCAAGCGAAAAUUGUAAACAACAAUUUACGUCAGUGUUUGCACCCCGAAUCGGGGUCAUGAGGAAAAAUAAGAACAAAGCCUAACCUUGAGAAACUGAACAAUCAAUCACAGCAAACUUAGCGUGUGCAAAUACGAUUCGCAGAUAUAUAGGCAACUUUCUAAGCAACGGUCACAAGCAGUACAGAAUAACCUUUAGCAAGAAAAACCAAUCAGAAGACGUUGUUUCUCUGCUAAAAUAACGAAUAAUUAUGUACAUAAAAAUAUAUAAAUGUCUGUUGUUUUUCUCAAUAAGCGAUCUUUUGCCUGGCCCUUGUCUUCUGUCGUUACAAUACUACCCACUUGCCCAGGCUAGAGUAUUUUGUGGAAUGCGUCUUUAAUCCGUGACCCAUCGGCUGAAAACCAAGUGCUCAAGGAAAUGGGCUACAUCUUUACAAUGAAUAUAUGUUAUACAAUGGGACAGCAUACAAAGUUAUACAGUGUUAUACGAUUAAAGAAUGUGCAAGUGUGGAGCCUUACAGUCCUACAUAUUCCAUGAUGUUAGUGACAGAAGCACGCCUGUUGGAAGUAUUUUUUUUAAUGAGGAAAAAAGAUGCGUUAUGUACCCGUGUUAUGCGAAUGUCAACCGCUUUUAUCAUUUCUACGAUUAGUUGUUUCUUUUGAUGAAGCAGUUCUCUGUGCGCAUAGCUUGCAACGGCAGUUAUCCGACCAAACGUCUCAUGUUUCUGGCACACAAUUUCAUGAUGCUGAUAAUUCCAAGGAAAGUGCCAAUCCUACCAGAUUAUCACCUGUUUCAUAUGAUACUGCUUAUAACCACUCUGUCAGUGAAUCUUCUCAUUCAUUGUUUUCCGAGCGUCUCACUGAACCGUCUGUUGCAACUGGAGGUGUCAGUGAUUGCUGCAUGUCAGACAGUCAACUUCCUCAGUCUUCUAGACAUUCUUCAACUGUAGGACAUAUUGAGCCUGUAGGACAAAGUGCUGCUGGCGUCGCCGCAUUCGUAGGACCUGACGAAUCCCAGCUCGCCUGUGCUAGACUUAUUCGUAAAAUGGCCUUAGAGAUACUUGCAUCAGUAGAAAGAACGUUGCCUACAUUACAGUCCACUUCUAUUAUUAAUAAUAAUAAUAUUAAUAUUAAGAAUAAUAACAGACAGUGUAAUGCAGUCAAUUGUCAAUGUUAAACAGCGGAAUCAUUUAUCACUAAGAUGUGCUACUUGCGCUUUUCUGGUGGUAACCGGUUUCAUACCCUCUUUAUUUCUUCAUCUCAAAAUACCCAUGGAAGUUGAUCUAUCUUUAAUUUCAUAUGUGAUUAUUUCGACGAAUUCACAUGAAUGAAUUGUUUGCUUCAUUCAUUGAAUGACACUUAUUUUUAAUUUAUAUAUGCUUUAAAUUUUACUCUUUCUAAUUCUUCUAUAAAUAAUAUCGUCAAUAUAUAUAUAUAUAUAUAUAUAUAUAUAUAUAUAUAUUCAAAUGCUGAGAAGUCCACUUAACUAUCAUAUCCCAUUAUAUAUCAGAUUGAAAAAUAUUUUUCCUUUUUUUUUAAUUAAAUGGGUUUAAUAGCAUCUGCUUAUUUAAUUUCUGUUAUGUAUGCGUGUAUGGAUGGCUAUUUGUUUUUUUCUUUUCAAUUUGUUUUCAAACAUUUACGUUUCUAUGCACACAUGUACUCUUUGUUUUGUUGUUUUUUGGUGUUAAAAAGGCUUACUACUGUACAUCCAUCAUCAUCUAUCUACUCUAGGUGAUUUCUUUGAACCAAAUACUUUCUUAUCACAGUGUCUUUCAUGUAUUUAAAUAAUAUUGUGUGUGUGUGUGUGUGUGUGUGUGUGGUGUAAACAAGUUUUCAUCAACUACUUUCAAUGCAAAAUUCGCUAUUAGUAAUGUGUAUUUAAAUGUAUUCUUAAACUGAUCUACUCUCUGCUGUGAACUUUCAUAGGACAAUUGACUUCCUUCAGUUUAUCCUCCUGGAGAUUUAAGUUGUUUUCUAAUAUCUUUUUAUUAAAAAGAAUGCUUCUUUGUCAUAUUAUUUUCCUUAAUUUGAUUUAAUUUAAUUUUUCCUUUCAAAAGUCAUUUUUCAAAAUGUCCUUUUCUUUAUGCGUUCAUUAUUGCAUUUACAAUAAUUAUACACAAACUGUCAUUGUUUACGUUUAAAGACAACUUCUAAAUACUCCCUAUGGACAUGUUGUGUUGUGUAUACAUGGUCAGGCAGUCAGUCAGUCAUACAUUGAAAUAACUCAUAAAGACUUGUUUGGUCGGUGGAUGAUAAUUUCUGCUUUUCACAAUUCAUUAUUAUAUAUCUGGUAAAAAAAUGUUUGCAUAUUUGUUGUUUGCACCUUUUGCUGUUUCUUAAUCUGUCUCUUGAUUGGACUUCAAUUGUCUUCCGUUGACUAUUUCUGUAUAAUACUUAUUGUUAUUCACUUAUUAUCCAUACUUUUCUCAUUUGUGUAUAGACGUGUAAUUUCAUUUCAGAUAUGGUUUCAUUUUAGAUUCAUUAUUAUUAUUAUUAUUAUUAUUGUACUUGUCGGUAUCAUUAUUUUUUUGUAUUAUUUCUUUGACCCUUGUUUUGUCAUUUAACAGAAAAGACUCGGUAUAUAUAUAUAUAUAUAUAUAUAUAUAUAUAUAUAUAUGAAUUCAUUGUUUAUAUUAACAGUUUUAUAUUCAAUUGAUGACGAGGCAUACAGCCAAAUGCAUAUGAAUAUCUCCAUUAUAGUUGACCAGUAAUCGAAAUACACUUCAUUCAGUAUUUCUAAUAAAUUACACCUCCUUAAUAUUUAUUUAAUGAACUUAAUGAUUAAAUCAAAUUAUUAACAGUGGAUGUACAUUCAAAGUUUGGUAUUGUUGUGAAAUAAUUUAAAAGAAGCAAUGUUUAUUAGUAGGGUGUAUUUCUAAAAUAAUUUUAUAGCUUGUUUGCAAAGCCAAUGGCUUUUCCUUCUGAAUUGAAGUUUAUAAUAACAGACAGUUUAAUCCCUACUCUUAAAGUUGUUUGUGUUUGUGAAUAGGAUUCCUGUUAUUUUCCAAACAAGGUGGUGAUAUAUCAUUUCGUUGCUUUCAAAAAUCUCAGUUAUUUCACUGCCAUCGUCAGCAGCCUACUUUGUUUAUCGUUUCUCCUAGUAGACCUGUGUGUCUAGGACUUCUUGCUGUACACCUUAUAUAUAUAUAUAUAUAUAUAUAUAUAUAUAUCAGUACUUGUAUGAUAUUUUCCGUGAUAUCAAGGAUUAAGUGUACCCUAUCUAUAUCUGUAUUGGCUUCACAGAGCUGAGUAUAUUACUCACUUCUUAGAGGACAUGUAUCUGCUAAUUAGGUAUGCAUAUUCUACAGAAUGCUGAUAUUUCUUGGCUUAGAAUUGUCUGCAGUGUUUAUUAUUCUGAGUUAAAGUGAAAUGUAUUCAAAUGAACGAGAAUAAUAGCAAAAUAAUGAUAUCUAAAUGUUGUUAUGUUAAAGGUCAAUGUGUAGUACCUAACAGUUUAUCAGAUAAUAAUAUGCACUUCCCAGUGUUACAUUACUCUUAAAUAAUUUCACUUACUAUUUAAAAUUCUUCAACUAUUGUAUAUCCUUCAUUUCUGUACAAUUAAUAGAUGUUGGAAAAUAAAAACAAGUAGUUUAUCUACCUUAGAUUAUUCUUUUUUUUGUUUUUGUGUGCUAUUU